AUGAAUAGGGAACGACUAGAAAAAGAAAGAUUAUUACAAAGGAAUGAAAAACAUAUAAAAAAUAUUGUUGUCGAUAAUAUAAUAGCUGAUGAAAAGUGCAAAAAUAAUGACAAUACUUACUUAAGAAAAAAAGAUGCAGAAUACAAUGAUUUUAAAUGUAAAGAGAAGCAGAAAUUAAAGGAAUAUAUAAAAAUUGAAAAUAGAAGGAAAGAAAAUUUAGAUAGAGACGAAAAUAGGUGGAAAAAAGUAGAACUUAGCGUUCAAAAUGAAAUAGAUAAAACUAAAAAGCUACAACAAAUGUCUUUUAAAAGUGAAAAAAAUAAAUCAAAAUGCAGUCAUGAUAUAAUAAACCAUGAAUUCAUAAAUUAUGAAGAAUCUAUGAAAUUAGAAAAAAAAAAAAACGCUUGUAUUCUUAAUAGAAGAAAAUUUUUGUCUGAAGUAAAUGGAUCACACAAUCCCAUUACAGCUAUCCACAAUUAA